UCCAUCACUCUCUUUCUUUUUCGGCCCCCCUUUAUUUUUUCUUUUCAUUUAAUUUCUGCUUCUCAUCCAAAACGGAAGAAAAAGAAAUAGAAAGCGGUUGAGUAGCAGAGGGUGAAGGAGCCUGAGAACCAUGCCGUUACCAUGGAAGAAGAACAGGGUAACAAGAAUAUCUCAAAUCGUUGCCGACCUUCAAUCUCCAAGGCGCGGUGGCUCCCUCGUCGUCGAAACCGGAUUCCCCACUUCCCUCAUCGAUCUCUUCGUCAAGAACCGAAGCCGCUUCACAAGAACCAAGUCAAAGAGACCUCUUCAACCCGGUAUCUAUGAUCCUCCACCGCCACCGCCCUCCACGCCGGUGCUAUCUCCUGUGCCGGAGACAUCAAGUUCAGGCGAUUUAUCCGUGGUUCGGGCCCACGCUCCGAGUUUGACACCGCCGGUAACUGUGAACGACGGUGGAGAUGACGGCGGGGUAUCGGGCUCGGAAGAGGUAAAUAGGGUCGGCGAAUGCGGGUGUGGGUCGUAUUCAAAAUCUGUUCUUGCAUCGUCCGUGAAGUGGAAGGCGUUGUUUGUGGUGGUGGUUUUGAUUAGCAGCGUGAUGAAGCUUACCGUUGGGAUAACCGUGUCGGCAGUUACGCUUCUGUUUCUUGAAAACGUGGGGAAACGUUUCGUUGGGUGGUGGAGAACCGUGGGUAUAAAAAUGGAGCCUUUUAUCGCAACGGUUUGUAAUUGUGUUUGGUUUCAGAAACUGAUGAAAUUGAAAAGCAAGAAAGAGGAUCACUGUGAAGAAGUAGCGGGUGGUGGCGGCGCUGGAUUGAUGUUGUUGAAUGAUACUGUUGAGGUUGUUGAAAGUGAAAGCAGAAGCGAGGUUGGUGAUUGUUGUGAGAAGAAAUGGUUGGAGGAUGUUGCGGAUUCAUGUGAAGAAGGUAGCCGAAGUAUUAGGUUUACAUGGAAGGGGAUGAAGAAACUAGUGCCUAAAAAGUGGAGAAGCUCUUUGAGAAAGAGAAGUAAAGAGAGUGAAGGUGAGUCUCGAAGGAGUGGGGAAGAAGACAAGUGUUCAAGAGAGGAGGAGGUUGAUGAUAGUAAUGGAAUGAUCAUGACUUGGGUUGAAGAAGAAGAAGAAGAAGGGGAGGAAGGUGUGAUUAGAAUCCAUGAAGUUGGGAAGUGUUGUUCAUGGGGACACGUCAUUGUGUUAGUGACAGUACUUGGUGGGCUCUUAAUGGGUCGUUUGGCAGCACUCGUACUUACACUGGCGUCGUGUUUUCUUUUUAAGAUGCUUUUGAGAUUUCACAUGUAAAU